CCGAGUGUCGUCUCCUCAGCGCAGCCCGUCUGUCCGUCCGUCCGUCUGUCUGUCCGCCCGGCGAUGGCGGGCCCCGGCCCCGGCCCCGGCCCCAGCCCCAACCCCGGCCUCUGGUACCACCGCGACCUGAGCCGGGCGGCGGCCGAGGAGCUGCUGGCGAGGGCCGGCCGGGACGGCAGCUUCUUGGUGCGGGACAGCGAGAGUGUGAGCGGGGCCUACGCGCUGUGUGUGCUGUUUCAAAAACACGUGCAUACUUACAGGAUCUUACCCGAUGAAAAUGAUUUUCUGGCCGUACAGACGUCGCAAGGGGUGCAGGUGAGGAGAUUCAAAACUCUGAAUGAGCUCAUCACGUCCUACCUUCAGCCAAACCAGGGCCUGGUCAGCACCCUGCUCUACGUGGUGGAGAGAGAGGACAAGAAGGAGACGGCAGAGGACAAGGAUUACUCAGAUGGUGAAGAUGACAAGCCGCCGCUGCCCCCGCGCUCUGCCUCCACCAGCACCUUCACGGGCAGCACCGGUCCCUGCCUCUCCCCCGUGGCACAGGACGGCAUAGCUGAGAGUGCUGCCAACGGAAUGACCACCAUGUCGCACGAGUACCUGAAGGCCAGCUAUCCUUUGGACCUGGAGGCUGUCAAGGCCGGAGCCACCACCCUCCCACACCUCAACAAAGCAUUGGUCACAUCCUGCAAGAGGCUCAACAGUGAGGUUGACAAAGUCCUGGCUGGCUUGGAGAUUCUAUCGAAGAUAUUUGACCAGCAGAGUUCUCCAUUGCUGACACGCUUAAUACAGCAGGCCAGCUGUCAGGGUGGAGACCAGGAGCUGGAGAACCUGGUGAUGAAGCUGUCCGUGCUGAAGGACCUGCUGUCAUCCAUGGAGCGCAAGGCCCUGAAAGCUCUGCAGGAGAUGAGCACCUGCCCCAGCUUUACAUCGCAUUCGUCUGUCUUCUCUGUACCGCGCAAGGCGAAGACUCUCCCAGUGCAGGCCUUCGAGGUGAAACUGGAUGUAAACCUGACUGACUUGACGAAGAUCGGUAAAUCGCAGAAGUACUUGCUGAGUGUGGAUGUGGACGGGGGUAAACUGGUGGUGAUGAAGAAAUCCAAAGACACGCAGGAGGACUGGAACACGUUCACCCACGAUAAGAGUAAGUCGGAGGGACACUACUCCGUAGAGAUACAGCGCGGA